UCAAAAGAGUUCCGUGACGUGAGAAACAAUAAGAGAAAUGGCAUCCGAACAGGAAAGGCGAGACCCACAGAAAAGGCAAGAACUGGACCAAAAGGCAAGGCAGGGAGAGACCGUCGUCCCAGGUGGAACCGGCGGCAAGAGCCUCGAUGCUCAGGCGCACCUUGCUGAAGGACGCCAGCGCGGAGGUGAGACAAGGAAGGAGCAGCUAGGUCAUGAGGGGUACCAGGAACUGGGCCAGCGCGGAGGUGAGACAAGGAAGGAGCAGCUAGGUCAUGAGGGGAACCAGGAACUGGGGCAGCGCGGUGGCGAGGCCAGGAAGGAGCAGCUUGGUCAUGAAGGGUACCAGGAGCUGGGGCACCGCGGAGGCGAAGCCAGGAAGGAGCAGAUUGGACAUGAAGGGUACCAGGAGAUGGGCAAAAAAGGCGGGCUCAGCACUAAGGACAAGUCCGAAGGAGAGCGUGCUGCCGAGGAAGGCAUCGAGAUUGACGAGUCCAAGUACAAGACGAAGAGCCGCUAACAUGGAUUAUUAACCAGUGCUUCCAAGCCCAAGGCCUCUGGCUUGUAGUUUUUGUUAUUAGGGUUUCUAAGUUUGGUUUAACUAGGGUUGUAGGAUGCGUGGUGUGUCUAAUGUCUUUGUUCUUCGUAGGUGGUUGUAGUAAUAAUGCUUGUCCAAGUGUGUUCACUGUCGGUCGGAGUUGGAAAUUACAUCGCCAGCAUCUUGUGUAUCCAAGCUUGUUUUGAGGUCUUCUUUAACUUUUUAAGUGUCUGUCCACAAGUGUUUGUA